CCCUGGCUCCAACUCACAACUCGCAGCGCACCACACCUCUCCCUCCCACAGCUUCCAUACAGAGCCGGCCAGAGCACUCCGCCCGUCGUUGCAGCCCUCCACUCUCCUGCUAAGCUCAGCCAGCUUUCCUUCCGUCCACCACCACCAGCAGCACCAACCAAAUGGCUCGCUUCGCAGUGGUCGCCGCAAUCGUCGCCCUCCUCGCCAUCACCGCCGCCGCGCAGGGCCCCAUGCCGGCGCCCAAGAUGGCCCCGCUGCCGGCGCCCCCGACGAGGUCACCCCCGGUCGCCACGCCUCCGACCGCAUCGGCGCCGUCCCCGAUGGCCUCUCCCCCGGCCCCGCCCACCGACGCCCCCACCGGCGCUCCUUCCGCGAUGACGCCUUCCGCGGUCGCCGGAGCACCCGCGGGCGCCCCUGCCGGCGCGCCCAGCGGCACCACCCCCGCCAGCUCCGCCGUCUACGCCUCCUCCGUCAGCUUCGUCGCCGUCGCCGGUGCCGUCGCCGCCGCCGUCAUGUUCUAGAUGCAGCGGUCCUCGCUCGACCGCCGCGGGAGUGCCACUCUGUUUUCAUUAGUACUGUUGUUUAUACAACGAGAUUCAUUUUUAGAGGCUGCGGAGAGAGUGACAUGACAUGAGGUUGCCAUGUUAUCUUGCCACAUACUGUAUGCUCGAGAUCGUUAUUAAUGGAAUUCUUUCAUUUGUUACA